AUGAAUAUCAUAUCUUGGAAUGUUAGGGGCUUCAAUGAUGAAACUCGUCGAGCCCUGCACGACCAUUGUAAGAGAUUCUCUCCUAUUCUUAUGGGUAUUUAUGAACCUAAGAAUGACUUUAUAAAAAUUCCAACUGCUUUCUGGAAUUCUAUCGGUCUUUUUCCGGCUUUCCAGAAUUUCAGGCACGGACGGAGUCCGAAUAUUUGGGUUUGCGCGGCUCCGCAUGUUACCGUUUCUUUGGUCUUCUCUUCCAACCAAACUAUUAUUGUUGAUUGCACUUGGAAGAACUUCUCGUUCCGGGCUGCGUUUAUUCAUGGAGAUAAUUCUCCUUCAGAGCGUCGACGGCUGUGGAUCGAUCUGCUGACCUUUAUUGUGGGGAAAGUGGUUUGCAUCGGGGACUUUAAUGCGGUGAAAGGAGCACAUGAAAGAAAGAGCACUUGUCUCCCCAAUGCUACGUCUUGUACAGAGUUUGGCGAUUUUAUCUCGGCCUCGGGAAUGAUUGAAUCGAACACUACGGGCCUUUUCUUCACAUGGUACGGAAGACGUAAUAUGCCUUCUCAUGUUGAGUCUGUCCUGGAUCGCUGUUUGUUUUCCAAUGAUUUUGCGGAUUUGUGGGACUCCCUUAACACUCAUGUUCUGCCAAGAUUUACUUCGGACCAUUCGCCUCUUAUUUUUCAGUGUUUUGAGAGAGCUGCGAUAAAACAUCGGCCGUUCAAAUUUCUUAAUAUGUGGCUGGUGCAUCAGGAUUUUCGGGAUUUUGUGAAAAACUCUUGGAAGGAGCCUAUUGGCGUGAGCUGCCCUUUACUGAAGAUUAUGGUGAAGCUGAAAAGGCUGAGAACGAGUCUCAAACGUUGGAACAAAGAAGUUUUUGGCCAUGUGGAUGUGGGUAUUAACCAAUUUCAGGCUGCGUUAGAGAGGGUUCAACAGCGUAUUGCGGUGGAAGGUUACUCGGCCCCGCUUUUUGAUAAAGAAGUGGAGAUCCAGGCUCGUUUGGGCACGAUGCUCUUACGGAAAGAUCUGUUGCUUAAGCAGAAAAGUCGAAUUCGUUGGCUAAAUGAUGGGGAUAGAAACACUAAUUUCUUCCACAAUUCGAUUAAAGUUCGUAGAAAGCAACUGCACCUCCCGCAAUUAAAUAUUGAUGGGACAGACUCCUUUGAUCAAGAUGAGAUUGCUGCGCAUAUUGUUAGUUAUUUCUCCACCUUAUUCUCUGAUUCGGUUGCUACGCAUGUCACGACUGAUGAUGUGAGAAAUCUGGUGAAUAAUUCUGUUUCUCAGACACAUAAUUCCCUCCUUACUAGCACUCCGCUGGAUGAAGAGAUAAAAGCUGCGGUUUUUGAUUUAGGGGGUGAUAGUGCGGCUGGCCCUGAUGGUUUCACUGGGAUUUUCUUUCAACACUGCUGGGAAAUCAUUAAAGCCGAUAUUUGUCUGGCUGUCAGGACGUUCUUCAUCAAGAACUAUCUGCCUCAAGGUCUUAAUUCAAACACGUUGAUUCUUAUUCCGAAAAAGGAAGUGGUUACCACGGUGGCGGACUUACGUCCUAUUGUUCUUUCAAACUUCUUUUUUAAAAUUCUCUCGAAGAUUCUGGCCUCUAGACUCAGCUCUGUGGCUGCGGAUUGCGUCUCGCAGAAUCAAUUUGGGUUUAUACGUGGUCGCUUGAUUCACGAUUGCAUUAUGAUCGGCUCCGAAGGUGUUAACUGCAUGAAUCGUUCUUGCAAUGGCAAGAACAUGGCUUGUAAAGUGGAUAUAAAAAAGGCUUUUGAUACGUUGAGCUGGCGUUUUAUCUUGUGUGCUAUGGAGGCAAUGGGUUUUGAUCAACGGUUCUUGAAUUGGAUUUCUACUAUCUUUGGUUCGGCCCGUAUUUCUAUCUUGUACAACGGCCAACUUUGUGGUUACUUCUCUUGCUCUCGUGGGGUAAGACAAGGUGACCCGCUUUCGCCUAUUAUUUUUGGUAUUGCUGAGGACGUGCUUAGUUGUAUGUUUAUGAAGGCGGUCAAAGAUGGUUGUCUGACGCCUAUGAGUAUGAGUCGUGCUAAUAACUUUCCUACUCACCUGUUAUAUGCCGACGACAUUCUCUUGUUCUGUAAGGCUUCUACCAAGAAUGCUCGUACUAUUCGCAACAUAUUACAGCGAUAUGGGGAACUCUCGGGUCAAAUUUGCAGCAGAGAAAAAUCGCACAUUUAUUUUGCCAAAGGUGUUUCUUUAAGUUAUCAAAGGCAAAUUGGCAGGAUCCUCCAUUUUCGUGUGGGGCUGAUGCCUAUGACUUAUCUGGGAGCCCCUCUCUUUGUCGGAAGACCCAAAGCUAUUCACCUUGCCGCGAUAAAAGAUAGAAUUAUCCACAAGUUCUCUCGUUGGAAUGGCUCUCAACUCUCUAUUGCGGGACGUAUUUGUCUCAUUCGCUCUGUCAUUCAGAGCUCCUUAGUUCACACGAUGAUGGUCUAUAAAUGGCCUAAUUCUCUUCUUAAGGAGUUGGAUAGAUCUUGUAGAAACUUCAUUUGGACAGGGAAUGUUAAUAAAAGGCCGACUUGUGCUGUGAGCUGGGACCGUGCCUGUGCAAUCAAGGAGGAAGGAGGUUUAGGGAUUAGAUCGUUUGAAACGAUGAACGAUUCCUUUCUGAUGAAGCUUGCUUGGAAAGUGAUUGGGAGGCGUCAGUUUGGAUUUGAUAUGAUGAGAUGCAGAUACUUGAAUGAGGCGAGUAGGCCUCGAUCGGCGCUUCUAACUUCCUCGAUCUGGAUUGGCAUUAGAAAGUUGAUUCCUGAUCUGCUUGAGGAUUCUUAUUGCCUUUUAGGGAAAGGAGCUUCGGUGUACUUUUGGCAUGAUGAUUGGUUAGGCUACUCUAUUGCUGAUAAGAUUAAUCUGCCAAAUUUCAUGCGCUCUAGAUUAAAUCAAACGGUGUCUAACUACUUCUACGAUGGGGUUUGGCAUUUUUCUCAAGAGUUUAUUGAUGAAUUUCCUUACAUUAUUUGUGACAUUUUGCUGUUGCCGAUUGGUGAGGAGGAAGAUGUGAGAUUAUGGAAACCGUCUGUUCAUGGGGAGGUUACGUCCGCCCUUGCCUUUGCCUCGAAAUGCCACCGUUUUCCAACUGUUAAUUGGGGUCGUUGGCUGUGGGAAAAUUACAUUCCUGUUCGUCGUUCCAUUACUUGUUGGAGAGUUAUUCUAAAUCGACUGCCAACACGUGAUAAACUUAUUAGACAGGGUCUGAUUUCUCCCAACUAUUGCUCUCUUUGCUUUCACGAGGCUGAGGAUCUAAAUCAUAUCUUUUGGUCGUGUGAUAAAAUCCAACCUGUCUGGACGGAAUUUUUGGGGUGGUUCAAUCAGAUGGAUGGAAGACUUUGUGCUGACAUCCACAGCUUUCUUAUUUUUUCUUGGUCGAUAAAGGUGAGCUCUCAAAUUAAUGCUCUUUGGAAACUUGGGGUGAUUUCUGUGAUUUGGGCGAUUUGGAAUGCACGUAAUAAAAGUCAUUUCGAUGGUGUUGCUUUUCAUGGCCGUGCUAUUCUUUGCUUCAUCAAGUCGACGUUCAUGGAGGUGGAUAUUUCUUUUCCCAAGUUGGGAUGUAUUGACAAUACUUGGACGGAUUACUUAACGGUCAGGCAAUUAGGUGUCAGUGUACAUCAACGACCUCCACCGGAUUUCACUUCGGUCUAUUGGUCGCCACCUGCUUAUUCUUGGAUUAAAGCCAAUACUGACGGUUCGGCGGUAGGGGCGCCAGGUCGGAUAUGUGCGGGAGGCGUCUUCAGAGAUUGGAGAGGCUUUGUUAGAGGUUGCUUUCAUGUGGAAGGAGGAACGGGUUUUGCUUUUGAGGCGGAACUGUUAGGCAUCAUUACGGCUAUUGAUUUUGCUCACCAAUGCGGUUGGUUUAAGAUUUGGAUUGAAGCGGAUUCUACUUAUGUUGUUUCCAUUCUGUCGACUAAAUCAGAUAGAGUACCAUGGCGGUUUAAAGCUCUGUGGAGAAGAACUCUUUCGCUGCUUGAUAAUAUGGAGUUUAGGAUUACGCAUAUUUUUAGAGAAGGAAAUGUUCCUGCUGACAUUAUGGCCAGUCCACAUACUCCUGAGGGACGUUGGAACCAUAACAUUCAGCUGAUCCAUGACGCGGUCAUUCGCGAUUUUCGGCUCGGUUUUUUGCUUGGGACCGUUAGUUUUGAUUUUAUUCGAACACUUGGCGGUCGUUCUGUAGCGGCUUUGGAAGAACUGCUGCGUUUGGAUGCUGGAGACGGUCGAACGUGGGAACAAAUAGCGGUGAACUUCUGGCUCUGUUUUUUGGAUGGUGGCGCUUGGGAGCUGCGAGCUCCGGACUGUUGGUGUCGGCGUCUUACCGGCCUCCUGUCUGCGACUUCUUUUCGGUUUCGGUUUGGUUUGUCUGAGCCGGGUUGGUUUGGGGGCGAUGGUUAG